UUGCUUACUUGCUUCAGUCGCACGGACAGCGUCAAUAGCAAAGCGAAACAAAUAUGGCAGCUCUCAUGUCUGCAAUGAGGAUUGUUGACGCGAUCUCUGGAUCGAAAAGCGAUUCGUCUUCGUCCUUAAUCGCGUCGCCUCUCAGACCCGUGGCACGGGAUUAGACGUCAGUGCGCUAAAGUGUUUGUAAGAGAGCCAUGAAUUGCGACGCAGAGCGCCCCGACGACGCUAAGCUCCAGGACAGCAGCGCGGCGUCAGUCGGCGAUGAGGCGAUGGAAACUAACGUCGAAUCGACGAUUGACGGAGCGACCGCAGAAUGCGAAGACGACGCUGCCGCCGAGCAGCGACGUCAAAUCCUCGACACAGUCGCGGCGUCGGAGGGAUUCUUCAAGCACCAGCAACGUGGGGAACCCGACCUCACUUACGAAGAGAAGCGGGAGAUUGCGGAGAAGACGUUAGACGGCAACGUGCCGCUGUUUCUGCAGCGCUACGCCAAGUUCCUGUACAGGGAGGACGCCGCCUACUUCGAGGCGCUCAGGAGGGUCGAUUACGAGGUCGACUUUCACGUGAGGGAGAUCGAGAGACGCAGUCGCAGGGGCAGCUCGCGAGAGCUCAGCGUGCAAACCAAGAACAGGCGAUACGAGGCUCUCGAAAGACUCAAGACUGGCGGCGAAUACUUCAGCGACAAGGAGAUGCGGCGGAGAAACCCGCUGCUAUUCGAACAGAUGAUCGGCCGCUACAUGACGGAGAAAGAGAAGCUAGAUCUCGACAAGAUGGACUUCUCGACCCUAACGUUCUCCGGCUUGCUGAUGGAGCACAUCGAUCGGAAUGAGGUCACGAGCCUUCGAAGACAGCAGCAGGACCUCGAGGAGGCAACAUUUGAAGAAAGCGAUUCGGACUCCGAAGAAGAAGAGUGCGAGGAUGACGCACCACCCGUUUCUGCGACGGAAAAGCGUCUUCUUAGGAACGAGUUCAUGAACACUAUGUAUGAGAGCUUCCUGUCUGGAAAAGACAAGGAUUAUGAUUACGAGUCCGUGGACAACAACGCGGACUUCGACUCCCUCCAGACGAGGCAGCACGACGAAGAGGAAAAGUACUUCGACGCCGAAGAGCCGGAGAUUUUAGACACAGUCACUUGAAGUGGUUCUUCAAAUGCGAGAUAUAACUCCAGUAACCUGGAGAUGUAAAUAAACUAUGCAUA